AUGGAACCGAUCGAGUACAAUGUAUGUGAGACUUCUAAAUGUAACUCCCACGUCGACGACCAUGGAUGGAAGAAAGUCGUGUCCUCGAAGAGCAUUCGGAAGCGAAAACCAGCGGAUCAGGCGGCCAGUGGAAACCAACCUACCGGUGAGGACGUUUUCCGUUCAUUUGAGGAGAAAAAUGCUAAUGUGGAGGUGAGGAAUGAAAAUCUGAAGGCGAAGGAAAGUAAAAAGUCAAAACCCAAAGAAAGAGAUGAAGCCUAUAGUGUCUAUCGAUCCUUCAGAUCUUGCGGCUUACCUCCUCGAAAUGAUCGCACAACAAUGAGGUGCCAAAGGUUGAGAGGAUCCGGAAUGGUACUGCGUACAAGACCUAAUGCUUUGGCUAUUGUAUUACCGACACUGAGGGAGAACGUAAGACAAGUGUGUUAUGAAAUGUUAUUGAACUAUAAAAUGUGGACAGGCCUCCCAAGGUGA